UGUGCGCUGGUGUGUGGGUCUGGGAGAAUGAGGGGUGUGCUGCUGACUGCCCUUCUGGCUGUGGUCUCACUGCCCAGGGCCCAGGCAGUGUGGCUGGGGAGGCUGGACCCUAAGCAGCUUCUGGGGUCCUGGUAUGUUCUUGCUGUGGCCUCUGGUGAAAAGGGCUUCGCGGCAGAGAAGGCCACGAAGAAUAUCGAGGGGGUUGUGGUGACUCUCACUCCAGAAAACAACCUGAAAGUGCGGUCCUCCCGGCACAGGCUGGAGACAUGUGACCUGAGUGUUAUGGAGUUGCUGAGACAAAACUCUGGAUGGGUGUUUGAGAAUCCGUCCCUGGGCGUGUUGGAGUACCGGGUGUUGGGCUCCAACUUCAGAGACUACGCCAUCGUGUUCACGCAGCUGGAGCUGGAGGAUGAGGCUUUUAGCACCGUGGAGCUGUACAGUCGGGCGGAGUGGGCCAGCCAGGCGGGCCUGAGCCUCUUCACCAAGUGGAGCCAGGGCCUGGGUUUCCUGUCACAGCAGCAGGCCAGGCUGCAGACUGACCCCACCUGUGCACGGAAAGCCUUCCAGGUAAGCUGCUUCUGAGCGUCACCCCGGGCUCCCUGUGCAGCAGCUCGACCCUGGGGGCCCUGGGAGCCGCCACAUCCCAGUAGGCAGGAGGGGCCAGUGUCUCCACUGCC